AUGGCAGCCGCCCCGAACACGCUUGGAUGCGUCGCAGCUGUCGUGUCGGCAUUCCAGAGUGGCGCGGAUCUCUUCCAGAGUAUCAAGGAUCGCUCAAGCAGGAGGAGGCGCAUGAAAGAGAGUGACUGGGAGCGAGCAGUCGAAGGAAAAAUUCUUCACCGAUCUCUUAUUGACGGCGCCGUCCAAUGCCAGGCCGUCAGCGGAGAGAAAUGUCGCCAAUUUGGAGAGGAAUUUGUCAAAGGCGACGCCGUUACCAUGUCGGAGCUGCAGAAUGUCAUGGUGACCCUUCAGACUGAGGUCAUUAGUGCUUUGCAGAUUGGACGAGCUGUCCAGAAUGCAACCCUGGAUCUGUUGGCGCUGCACGAAGUUGUUGUCGUGAGUAAAGCCAAUGCUUUGCGGGCAAUGCAUCACCUUUGCAAGCGCCUGAUGACAACGGCGCCGCCUCAAUACGGGACAUUGCACUCUCCUGUUCAGUCGCCAGGUCUGGUGAGCCGCCAUUCUUUCGCAGCACGUAGCGACAGUACUCACGGCUGUUCGGAUUCAAUGGGUGUGAGCAUACCUCAAGCAGUCUCCAUGCCUCCACCGGGAAUACCUGAAAGAAGCCCAGCACGGAUGUUGUCUCGACUCCAGCUCAAGGAUGCAUUUCCAAGACGCAGCUUGACAAAGUCACUAAAGGCCCGAUCGUCGGCCUGGUUUCUUCAGAGUAAACGACAUGUCGAUGCAGAAGUGGACGACGAUACCGAACGCAACAACAGAGCUUCGAUACACGACUCCGCCGUGGGUAGCAGUGUUGCCUAUUCACAUCAUCAUCACUCGACAAGCAUUUUAUCGUCUGACCUUGAUUUUAUCGAGCAAAGGCGAUCGUCAUGCGCAACGGCAGACUCGUUUGAGCAUCCUGAGGAUUUCUACACCACAGCACAGUGUUCACCCCAGGAGAAAGGACACGCAUCAUCGCCUUCGCUUUCACGUUCGAGCAAAUUUCAACCACUCUCGCCAACGCAGUACGAAUUUCGAGACGACAUAUCAAAAGCCAGUCACGUCGCCGCCAUGGAAGACCAGUGUCUAAAGCGGUCGUCUCAACAGCUGCCCGCGUCUCCCUUGCGUGUUUUCCCAAUGCAAGCCAUUCAUCCUGCCCUCCGGUAG